GCCCUGUGGAUUUGGGUGAUGGUGUUAGUAGCAGAGCAGAAUUCCUAGGACUGGGUAUGCGGGUGUGCAGUCACAAGGAAAAGACCCAGAGAAAAAUGAGAUUUCAAAGACUAGAGAAAUGCUUGUUCUUUUGGGACUGCUUACGGCUGUCUGUUUAUACUGUAAAGGGAAAUAACACUAUCUUUCGGUUUUGGUUUUACAGGGAAAGGGGUUCAAAAACAAUUAUAAGGGGUGGAGAAAGGAGGGAAGAGGUCCAGAAUUGCUGUUCCAUGGUGUUGUGCGGCCCCUGCUGGGGAAACUGAGACAUGCUCAGCUCAGAAGGAUGGGGAUACUGAGUUCCUGGCCCAAGUUCCUCCCAACACGAUAGGAACUGGCCCUGCUGUGUGGGGAGAACAGCAGAUGGUGCCAGAGACAAGCUAAUCCGUGGGCCCUUGAGGGGCAGGAACAGAUGUUGGGGAGGCAUGCCGGACAAAGGUAGCUGGAUGAGGGCCUAGGUGUUGCCCUUGUCCCAGCCACUGCUCCCACGUUCAGGAACCAGACCUUGUGGGUGAAGACACACUGUCCCUCCUGUCAAGUUAACUUCCUGCAGCCCGAAUCCUGCCCCAGGCAGGAAUGCAGCUACCCACAGCAGCUCCGGCUCAGACUCUGCCUGCAGCUCAGGAUCAAAGAGCACGGUCACAGGAAGCUCCUGUUCCUCGCGUCCGGACCUGCCACCUCUGCCUCUUAGAAGAUCCUUCUGUAGGGUGCGUUUCAGGCUCGGAGAAGUGCACCAUAGGUAGCUCGUCCCCCUGCAUGGUGAUCUCCAUCUAUUACAAUACCAAGAUUCGCUUCUUCAUCCGAGGCUGUGGACAGUACAAUUCUUACCGCUGCCAAGAAAAACGCAACACCUACUUCUCAGAGUACUGGUACCAGGCCCAGUGCUGCCAGUAUGAUUACUGCAACUCCUGGUCCAGCCCCCAGCUCCAGAGCUCCCUGCCUAAGCCCCCCGAUGGGGCCCUGGCCCUGCCCCUGCCCAGGUCCCAGAUCCAGCGUUUCUACCAGGCCCUGAACCUCUCACUGCCCCUCCCCCGCUUCCAUGCUGGGGAGGAACCUGAAGGCCUGGACCCCCUGGCUGCCCUGCCCUUGAACCUGGGCUUGUCCAUUGCUGACCUGCGCCAUAUAUACUUAUUCCUCAACAAUUCAGGACUUUUGGUUCUUCCCCGAGCUGGACUCUGACCUCUUAACAUUCCCAGAUUCCAGUCUCUUCCAGCCUCUCUCCCAACCCCCCAGCGUCCUGCACUGCCUUCUCAGAACCCCACAAUCUCUGCUCUGCUUUCUCAGACCCUCCUUCCUUUGUACUUCUAGUGUCUGUAUGCCUUUGAUUUAAUUUUCUCCCCUGAAACCAGUUGGCACAGCACCCAAUGCUCUUCCUCCUAGAAAAUCAUCUCAAGUGCAGAUUCUGCCCAGGCUGACCUGGAAAGGGCAGUGGUUUCCUCAGCACUUUCCCAUCAUCCAAGUGUUCAGUCACCGCCCCCACCCCCACCGCCAUCCCCUCUCACUGGUCACCUGCCACCUCCAUUUAGAUCUGGCUGUACGUCCCAUUUUGUGCCCAUUUCUAAGACCCAGUGCCAGACUGAACUUGCAGCAAGAAGGAUGGGUAGACUUCUGUGCACAUUUCCAGGUUUGGCAUCCUGGCGUCCCUGCCUUGCUGUCUACACCACCCCACUCCUCUCCUGGUAUCCUGCCGCCUUCUCCCAUCUCUUGUUCCAGGCUCUGGCCUCCUCAGCCCCACUUCACAUCACUUGAGUCCUGACACCCACUUCCAUAGGUACCCAGGGUGGGGAGAGGGUCUGUCCUGCUCUGCUCCAUGUCCCCUGAUUUCCCUCCACAAUAAACGGACUGGGUUAAGUCUGUGUCACAUUGUUCAUCGGCUCAGUCUCGGGUAUGAGCAGGUAUAGACAGACUAAAGAAAGUUAAUUGGGUGUGGGGUUCAACAAGGCUGUGGAGCCCUGUCCAC